GAAUGAGGCUCAGUUGCGCAGCUUGUGGGAGACGUCGGCAGAAGCCGAAGGCUUCGAUGUUUUCAUUUCGCACACCUGGGCGACGCCUGGAUAUCAGAAGUUUCUCUCCUUGCUGCUCAGUUCAUACUGGCACUACGCAAUGGCAGGGUGGCUUCUUGCGGCCAUUCUGCUAAUGAUUCUCUACAUUUUUCGCCUUUUGCCCGUCUUUGUCUUGAUUCGGGGCGCCAUGCCUGACUACCAAGUCGACAUUCCAUGUGGCCUAUGGAUUUUCUUCGUAACAUUUCUCUCGGCCGUCUUGGGGCUCUUCUGUGCUCCUUACAUAGCUUCCUUCUCUUGCCGGGCUUCCAGAUGCUUCUACGAUGUAGCUUGCGUGAAUCAAGUGGAUCCAAUUCAGCGGGAACACGGCAUCUAUGGCAUCGGUGGCUUUUUGGCUCUUUCUCAGCACCUGUGGAUUUUGUGGAGUCCACCCUACCUCUCGCGCUUGUGGUGUGUAUCUCGGUGGCAAAUCAUAGGAAGCAAAGGAGCUGAUUUGGUCUUUGAGAUCGCUGCGUACCGCACGGCGAACCCACGAGGGAAGAUCAAGAUCCAGCCCUUAUUCGUCGAGCGCGAUAUCCUGGCAGCGUGGCCGGGCGUGUUUGUGUUCAUUUUCACCUUCGUGAUGUCAUCAACCGGCAGCAGCAUCCGACUCGCAGCGUUCUCUCUCUCCAUGUUUGGCCUCCUUCCAUGCGUCCACGUCAUCAGGAGGGGGUACCGCGAACAGGAACACAUGUUUGCAGAUUUGGCUAACUUUGACCUGAGUGCUGCAUCCUGCUCCAGCGCCUUUGACCGGCAGUUCAUCCUAUCCGCCGUAUCUGAAUGGUAUGGCAGCCUUGAAGACUUUACUUCCUUUGUGCGCGGAGCUCUCAAGGAAGAGUUGAUGGAAACGUUGUUGCGCUCUCGGGUGCCGCUGCAGUAUUGCGUGCUCUCACUCAGCCCUAUUCAAGCGCAGCAGUUGGAUUUCCUGUGUGGGCUGUUGAACGCAGGGGCACCGCGAGAUGUGAUUGCAAGGUUUGUACUGGGACAGCUGAUGUCCGUCAGCAUGUUGGCUGUCUGCAGCAUGUACUUUGUCUUCUGGCUGGCCAAGCAAUUUGCCCAACCACGCUUUGAAAGCUGGAUCCUGGACUACGUGCAGACGCUGUUGAUUUGUGUCGUCUGGAU